UCAGCUGUCGGUUUUGUCGUGAUAAAUGACUAGUAACAAAAUUAAACAAAAUGCGUUGUGGUGAAUGAAAGUGUAUUUGUUCCGUGGGCUGCUGGUCGAAUAGCUAAGCUUCAGAGCGUUAGUUGUAUCGCGGGCUGCUCUAUGCGGUGUGCGAUGGCGUUGCGUGGGGAGUAGGGGCGGGCGCGGUUCGGAGGAGCAGGCAUGCGGCGGUAUGGCGGGCGAGGCUGCGGGCACGUCGCGAGGGUUGCGCGUAUACAAGAUCGUGGUACUGGGCGACGGCGGGGUCGGCAAGUCUGCGGUCACACUCCAGUUCGUCAGCCACAGUUUUUUGGACUACCAUGACCCAACCAUAGAGGACUCCUAUCAACAACAAGCAGUAAUUGAUGGAGAACCAGCACUGCUGGACAUUCUGGAUACAGCUGGUCAGGUGGAGUUCACUGCGAUGCGGGAGCAGUACAUGCGUUGCGGGGAAGGCUUUGUGCUGUGUUACUCGGUGACGGACCGGCGGUCGUUCCGCGCUGCCGCCGAGUACAGGAGGCUGCUGGCGCAGGCGCGUCCCUCCGAGAGGCUCCCACUCGUGCUGGUUGGAAACAAACUUGACCUAGCUCCGAGACUUAGACAGGUAACGACCGAGGAAGGCAAGGAGCUGGCCACGCAGCUGGGGUGUCCAUUCUACGAGACCUCGGCGGCGCUGAGGCACUUCGUCGAUGACGCAUUCCACGCACUCGUCCGAGAGAUACGGCGCCUAGAGAGACAGAGACAGUCGUCAAUAAUGGGCGGGGUGUCGACCACGGGUGGUGGGCGGCGAAGGUGGCGCCGGCUCCGUAGCAUUUUCGCCCUUGUCUUCCGCAGGAAGCGUAGACACCAGCACUCCUCGCCGUGAGCGUGCGUCAUUCUCCAAACGGAUACCGUCGCAAGCCGCGACUCGCGACCUCCCGUGACAGGCGACGAAGCCUCAAUGAUUUACAUUUUUCAAGUUUCAGUUUUUCUAUUAAAUUAAAAUCGACGAGAAAGUCAUUGUGAUAUAUUUUCAGAAGUUGUACGGUUAUAAAAAAAAAUUUUUUUUUUGUUAAAUUGAGAGUGUAUUUACAGAGAAAAAAAAUCGCCUAGUGAAAUGUAUGAGCAAUAUUAAAAUUUGGUGCAUAUGUUAUUUAUUAGUCAACAGAAGUGUUCUUCAGAUUUAAUAUAUAAAUUUAAAAAAAAUAUUAUUAUUUGAGUCUACCGAAAAGUUUUUGAGCGCAUAUGAAAAAAAACGAGAGUCUAAAAAUUACGUACCGAGUAGGUAUAAAGGAUUCGUUAUUUUAUUUAUCGGUGUUGCCAUAAUCUGAAUAAUGAUUCGAGUGGCCAUUUAUGUGUUCCAUAAAAUUUUAUGCAUUUAUAAUUUUUAAAACAGGAAUAAAAUUGAUAAGACAGUGUCUUUAAUUUUACAGAUUAUACAAUAAGGGAAAGAGAGAAUUAAAAAAAAAACGACUAUAUGACCACGAGUGUAUUAUGUGAUAAAUAAGCGUAUGACAAAAAAAAAAACUUCACGCGUAAUUCUCGUUGAGAAGUAUUGAAUUGAAUUAGCUUAGCUGUUAAUGUAGGUGCCUGACCUUCAACGAAUAUGCCACAACCCUCUACCUCUAAAUGAUUCCUAUAUAUAAAGUUAAAUCGUCGUUUAGAACCUUCCUGUAGAAUGUUUAUCGUAGUUAAACUUUAAGGCCUACGAAAUAAGACCCCUUUUUAAUUGACAAAAUUAAUUUACUAUACGACCAAUUUAAAGAAAAUUAUCCACAGAAUAAUAAUUGGUGGCAAUGUAAAAAAAUUAUUCAGUGAUUGAUUGUCUUU